AUGGGCCUUGGUAAACUACCGUUUCUGGCUGCUUGGUAUGCCUCCUCAUACCUCUUCAACGGUGACCUUUCAGGUUUUGGCAAGUAUUCCAAUAACCUUAAGGUGAUUAUGGAGAUCGUUGCGAUCAAGUCUGUCAUGACUAUGGAUAAGAGACGCUUUCGCUUCCUCAACUUUAAGUCGGUUGCACAUGUUCUUCGUAAUGUGAAGUCCAGCUAUCCGAAGGCUACAAGCCAGCUUCCAGGGUAUAACACGCAGUUUGAUGACAACUCGUAUUGGCUCGUUAAGCAGCCUGACUUGAAGGAAGAUGACACUGUCUUCAUUUAUUGCCAUGGAGGUGGCUUCUUUUCUCAGCUUGGUCCUAACCAGGUCAGUGGAUUGAUAGAAAGCUACUUGCUCUUGCCUCCAGAGAAACGGGCAAAGUGUUCUAUCUUGAUCUUAGACUAUGGCUUGACCUGUGAUGGCCACACCAUGCCAACGCAGAUGACUCAGCUCUAUGAGACUUACUACAAGGUGCUUGAUUUGCAUAGAAACGUCGGUCUUAUAGGCGACUCCGCCGGCGGAAACUUGGCUAUUUGCCUUACUCAGCAUUUGAAGGAAAAGAACGCUCCCAAGGAGGAUUACCCUUUGAAACUCAUGGUUGUCUCACCUUGGUUGAAUCUUUAUCCAGACGAGGAGACUAUCCCAGAGACCUCGUCGUUACGCACCUGUUCUAGUGAAGACAUCAUCCCUUUCCCGGCUUCCAGUGAGAUUGAGAAGCAGAUGCUAUUUGGUGAUAUAGACCGCAAGAAGUUGCUGGUUUCUCCUAUGUCGAAGUUACCAGCCCUUGAGAGUGACUGGUCGGAUAUCCCCACAUUUAAUGAUCCCGAAAGGAAAAUAUUCAUGAUAUGUGGUGAGAGCGAAACCUUAAGAGACGAAUGUCUCUGGUGGGCAAAGUACGCCUUAGGUAUAGACUGGUUUGGUCAUACCUAUAGCGACGAAGAGCUUGGGCCUGAGUUCUAUUCCUACGAGACAGAGAAUACCAGUGUAUUCGUAGAGCCCCAGGGCUACCACAUCAGUAUUUUCUUGUUUGAGAAGAACUUGCUCAAGAAGAUAGAAAACAACACUAUUACAAGCGCAGAACAGCUUACCGAUGAGAGAAAUUACUGCCUCAAGAGGUUCACUCAAUUCCUCCAACAGGCGCUUUAA